CGCAGUCACUUCUGCAUCAGUCGACCAUGCUGGCGUGGCGCAAGACGUUGGUGCGGGCGCACUCGACGGCGGCGACGCUCCUGACGACGUCCGACUUUGUCGAGUUCGCCGUGCGCUGCCGCGUGUCCGAGCCGCUGGCCUUUACGCUACCGCUGCCCGGCAAGCCAGGCUUGACGAAGCUCAACCUCGAGACAGCGCCGACCUCGGCCUACGAGCGCGACUCGGUCGGCCACUUUAUCUCGACGCUCAAGACGGUCGACCCGACGCUAACGAGCGUGUCGCUGACGACAUUAGAUGGAGUCACGGUCGCCAAGACGGCGAGCCUCAAGGCGCUGGCACCGGUGCCGAUGCUGCUGCGCCUCAACACGGCGACGCUCGCGCUCGAGAAGGAAGGCCUCGUCGACGACAUUGACCAGAUGACGGGCGAGACCGAGAGCGCAGCCUUUGGCACCGUCAAGCGCUACAUUGAGCGCGACUCGCGCACGGCCAUUCCGAUCGACCAGUUUUACACCAUGUGCAAGAACGUUGGCGCCGACGACUCGACGUCCAAGAAGUGGCUCGCCGAGUUCCAACGCCGCAACCUCGUGCUGCACUACGACCAGAGCAAGGACGAUGCGCUGCGGUCGACCGUGAUCCUGCGCCCCAACAAAGGCGAGAGCUUUGCGGCGUUCCAAGCGGCGCUCGACCCAGUCUUGUACAACCUCAAGCACGAGCGCAUGGCGACCGAGAGUCAAAUCCUCGACGCCCAAGAAGAGUGGCGCAAGGUUGCGACGGUCGAGACGGAGCUCCGCAAGGCCGCGAUGACCGCGCCCAACGUACAAAAGUUCCUCGGCCUUGGCUUCAUCACGACCUUUUACGGCGGCCUCGCGUACACGGUCUGGGACGUCUACUCGUGGGACGUUAUGGAGCCGAUCACGUACUUUAUUGGCUUCUCAGCGGUCCUUGCGUCGUCAUUUUAUCACACAAUGACGACGCGCGAGUCGACGUACCCCAACAUGUGGAACCGAGCGUACGAGAAGAAGCUCUCGGCGCUGGCCAAGGACAAAAAGUUUGACUUGCAGAAAUCGCAUGCGCUCCUUACGCAAAUUGACGGGCUCAAGCUGGACGUCCAAGUCCUGCGGCUUCUUGAAGGCAAGACCGCGACGCCUGCCAAGGCGGCCAAGCCGACGACGGCCGCGUAACCAAACUGGGCUGGGUGUACUCUGUGUACGAACAACGAUCGUGUUACCCCUA